AUGCGACCUUCAGCCUUCCUUGCUGCCUUUCUGGCGACUGUCGUCGGCGUCGCUGCUAUUCCAGGCGGAACUGACUGUUGCACUGUGACGCGGCACAAGUGGAAGGCCACAAAGACGGUAACCUCGACCACAUACCCGUCAACAAUAACCCACAUUUCCACUGUUUCUUCGGGAACCGCCACCUCUACAACCACAACCACUUCUAUCCCGACGUCGACUCUCUCUUGCACCAGUCCAGCUUUUACUGCCUCGAAACGCGACGUCCCCAAUAAGCCUCAUUGCUGGCAUACCAAGACUGUGACCACGGCUUGGGGCACGACGACAACCACGUUGACGGUGACUAGCGUGUCUACGGUCCAGUCCACAAGCAUCGUUGCAGCGACGACAAUCACCUCGACCACCACCGCUACCGCCACCACUACCGUCCUUUCUGCCGGCACGUUCUUCAUCAUCGACGCCAAUACGGAAGAGUCGGGCUUCGCGGUCGAAGACACGGAAGUCUUCAAAUCAUCGCUUUUGUCGACAUUCAAUUUCACGAAUGGCGGCCUCACCGGUGCCCUCACCGUUGUGAGCACGAAUGCCGAUUUAGGUGACGCGGCGGCCGCAGCGGGGGACGGUAUCUACACCGACCCUAAUGCUCUGUUCAGCGGUGCUCAGGCAGACAGUCUGUACGGCCUCCAGCCAUCGGAUGCAGCAACCCAAGGAGCGACGGCCAUCUCGUGCUCCGUUGUCCAGAACGCCGAUGGAACGUGCCCACUGACGUGCACGGGGAAUGGUGGCAGCCAGUUCUACGGCUGCGACGACGACUUCGCAUCCGACAUCCAAAUCGGCCCCGCGGGCCCGCCGGGUGUCUGUGACAUGAAUAGCGCGUAUAACCCGAUUGAUCCGUACAUCGUCACUGUCUGA